AUGGCCGGUGUCAAUGAUACGCUACUUCUUCACGGCUACUGGGGCACACCCACGAGCACCGUCGACUGGUGCGAAGACAACUAUGUCUGGUCCUACUACAUUGCCGAGUGGUGGAACUCGUGGAGCAACGUCCCGCCGCUAUUGCUUGCUCUCUACGCCCUCUACAAGUCGCGCCUCGCCUAUGCCAACGACGCGCAGCCGAUGAUCAUUCGCUAUGCCUACAUUGUGCCCCUCGUCAUCUUCUCAGGCUCGUUCGCGUUCCACUCGACGCUGACGUAUGCAGGACAGCUCCUCGACGAGCUGCCCAUGAUGUACGGGACGCUGUACUUCCACUACAUCAGCCUCCGGUACCACGCGACGAUGAAGUGGGUCCUCGUCGCCUUUGCCGUCGGACUCACGAUCGCGCUCUCCAUCGCCGGCCACGCCCCCCUUGCGUUCCAAUCUGCCUACGGCUUUCUGACGGUCGCGCUCGUCGUGCGCAGCGUUGUCAUGCACAAGCAGCACAAGGACGUGAGCCAGACGCGUCUCUUGCACCUCGGCUCGCUCUUGUACGCAGCAGGGUUUGUACUCUGGAUCGCCGACCAAGCGUUUUGUCCGUCGGCCAAGCAACUGCAUUUGCACGCGAUCUGGCACCUCCUCUCGGGAGCGGGCACGUUUGUGUGGAUCCAGUUUGCGUGCGCAUACGAGCUGAGCAUGCACGAGAAGCGCCUCCACGUCCAAAAGAUCGCGUGCAUUCUGCCAUACUGCAGCCGAUCGAGUGCUCCGUCAACCUCAUCAACGCACCCUACGUUCGUACUACGAGAGUUGGUCCACAUCUAA